ACCAGCACCACCUCUUGAAUGACCCGCUGUGAAUGAAUGAGUGAUGCCGGACAGAGGAUGUAACAUCUGGAGUCUGGUGGUACUGUCGGUGUUAGAGAUGGGGCUCGGUGCGUCCAGCAUCGCCCUCGGGGUUUUCGGCAUCAUCCGAGUCCGGUCGGUUCACAAGCUGCAGCUGGGGGAUGCCUCUCCUAUAUGGAGCGGAAUUUGUUUUCUCAUCUGUGGACUAUGUGGGAUGGUGUGUGCAAAGAAGAGGUCAGGAUUGAUUAUGAUCCUAUUUUCAGCCUGCUGUAUCUGUGGGUUGAUCAGUGGGAUCCUAAACUUCCAGUUUGUGCGUGUGGUGGCAAAGCGUCCCGAUGCCCUGCCGUCCCUCUACCUGGCCAUCAUGGUGCUGGCCUGCCUGGGCAUCGGAGUGUCCAUCCUGUUUACCUGGCUCACCUGUCGUCUGGCCAGCAGCGAACAGCAGAGGAUGUACCUGGAGAGAGAGCUGUCCCUGCACCAUUCCCAUGAGAUGAGUGAAAAGCAGUGGUUGCCAACUCCGGUCCUCCAGUACCCUCAACUCCUGUCCUCCAGUACCCUCAACUCCGGUCCUCCAGUACCCUCAACUCCGGUCCUCCAGUACCCUCAACUCCUGUCCUCCAGUACCCUCAACUCCGGUCCUCCAGUACCCUCAACUCCGGUCCUCCAGUACCCUCAACUCCGGUCCUCCAGUACCCUCAACUCCGGUCCUCCAGUACCCUCAACGCUACACAUUAUUAUUGUAGCCCAGACAAGAACACCUGAUUCAUGUUUGUCCAGGGCUACAAGAAACAUGUGUCCUAACGGGGGUACUGGAGGACUGGAGUUGGGAACCACUGUUCUGAAGAGGGAUAUGAAUGCACCACAGGAGGAUGGUGGAACCUUACUUGGGGAGGAUGGGCUCAUGGAGUUGGCUGAGAGAUCUGAGAGAGCAGCCAGCAUUCCCCAGAUCUCCUUCAAUGGAAAGUCCUCACCUCCAUUGUCAUUAGGCUGAAGCCCAGCUGUGUUACUGUAUUCAAAGCAUCAUGGAGACAAUGUUGGUUCCAUUCAACACCAACGGUUACAGGGGACGUGAUCUCUUGCAAUGAACUAAUACACAAAGGAAUCAACAUACGGCAACACUAUGAGAAGGCGCUGUGAGAUUUGACAAUCAGCUUACUAGUGACGAUGUAGGCUGAAUGAUGCACCUGGAUAGUCCCCAGACAUGUAUUUGGGGGACAUGGAAACAGCAGGUAGAGGGCACAAAGCUAUGGCACAUCCAAAGGCUCAAAAAGAUCAACGAAACCACUUGAGAUUGUCAGUGUUGAGAUGGAGAAAGACAUAACUGCUUCAGGGUUUGACUGGUCAUAGAGAUCAUGUCAUACAGUGGAAGUUGUUUCCAGUACUAUUAUUUAUUUGAAUGAUUAUUUAUGUAUUUAUUAUUUAAAUAUAUGUUUGUUUAUUCAUAAGCAUGAAAAUAUAAUAAAAUCCCAUCUGUGA